UCCCAGGAUGCCCCGCGCCCCUCUUCCCAUCCACCCUCCCGCGGCUCCCCCGCGCACGGCCUGCCGGGAACGGUAGUCCGCCCGCUUGUUCCGGGCCGAGCUGUCAGACAUGGCGGCGGGGAGGCUGAGUGAGAUGCGGGACCCGGGGACUCUGUUCGAGGCGCACAGCGCGGAGGAGAUCCGGGUUUUGGAGAAGAAGGUGCGGGCGGAGAUCGAGCACAAGAAGGAGGAGCUCCGGCAGAUGGUGGGGGAGAGGUACCGCGAUCUGAUCGAGGCGGCCGACACCAUCGGGGAGAUGAGGAGGAGCGCCGAGCAAGUGCUGGGGGCCGUCCGGGGCCUGGAGACCUACUGCGGGGGGCUGAGGGCCAAACCGGGGCCCCUACAGAAGGACAGGAGAGGAGCCCAGUCACAGGAGAGAUUCUCUUGCAUGGCGUCUCAGAUUAAGCUUCUAUUGGAGAUCCCGGAGAAGAUGUGGAGUUCGAUGGAAUCCUCGCGGUAUUUACACGCCACUCAGCUCUACCUGCUGUGCUGCCACCUGCACUCCCUCCUCCAGCUGGACUCCUCCCCCUCCCGCUACAGCCCGGUGCUGGCGCGAUUCCCCAUCCUCAUCCGCCAGGUCGCUGCCGCUGGCACCUUCCGCGCCACCAUCCUGCAGGAAAGCAAAUCUCUCCUGAAGUGUCCGUCGGCGUCUGACCAAGCCGUCACCGAGGCCCUGUGUUCCAUCAUGAUGCUGGAGGACAGCUCCCCCCGCCAAGCCCUGGCCGAUUUCCUGCUGGCGAGGAAGGCCGGGAUCCAGCAGCUGCUCAACCAACCUCAUCACGGCUCCAGUAUAAAGUCUCAGGUGUGUUCUCUGGUGGAGUUGCUGGCGAAUACGCUGUACCAGGCCCACGCCCUCUUUUACACCACGCCUGACGAUGUGCCGCCUAACUCUUCUCUGAAUUGCGGGCUCUUAUUCUCUAUGUUAGAGACGGUCACCGCUCAGCAGGGAGGAGGAAAAGGAAUUAAAGUUUUAAGAGAGGAGAUGAAAUCGGUCAGCUGGUCUAAGCACCUUCCGCGCUCCGUCAUGGAUUUCCAGCCCACCCUGAGGACGUUGGCUCAUCCCAUCAACCAGGACUACCUGAGGGAGACUCUCCAGCAGUGGAUCAGCAUGUGCAAUGAGGAUAUAAAGUCGGGUAUCUCGGCUCUGCUGGUCUAUGUGACGAGUCUGAAGGGUCUGGCGGGUAUCAGAGACGCCGUUUGGGAGCUGCUGACCAGCGAGUCCAUGAGCCAGAACUGGGACAUCGUCUGCCAGCGUCUGCUGGAUCGCCCGUUCCGCUUCUGGGAGGAUCUGAUGCAGCGGCUCUUCCUGGAUAGACUGCAGACUUUGAUGAAGGAAGGCCUGGAAUCCAUCUCUAAUGACUCCAUACAGCUGCUCCAGUCUUCUCUGCAGGAGCUUGAAGUCAAUACGGAAUCCAUGAAACCCGUCCAGUGUGAGGGCAACAUCUGCUCCUUCUUGUGGUCCGAGAACCAGAACGACCUGCUGCCCGACGCGGCCUGGGUCAACGUGGGGAGCCGCAGCGCCCACUGCCGGAGCGGCCUGUCUCUGAAGGCCCAGGCUGUCACUCCGUGCAUCCUCGCCUUCUGCCAAGCUCUGGACUCCAAACUCAAAGUCAAGCUGGAGGACCUCUUCUCCUACCUGCCGCAGGAGACGUCCGACCAGCAGAGUAAACCUGCGAUCGCUGGACUGAAACUGUCAGCCUUCGAUCGGUAUGGAGACGCCAACACCGUGCAGGAGAUGCUGAGCCAGCUUUGCCUGGCUUGUAUGCAGCACAUACAGGACUCCGUCAAGGCGCAACUGCAAGCGGCAGCCGAGACGGGACUGACCAAUCGGAGCAACGGCCUGUACAGCUCUAAACUCUCCACCGUGCUUUUCCUGGCCAGGCUGUGCCAGUCGCUGGGGGAACUGUGCCCGCACCUGAAGCAGUGCAUUCUGGGUAAAUCUGGUAGCCUGGACAUUAGCGUAAGGGAGCCCAGGUCUGCAAAGAAGAUGAGCAAGGGCAAAGUGGCCGAUAAACCUCCCAUUCUCUGCAAGUGGCAAGAGCUGAAGGACAAGCUUAUCCGACAGUCCCUGGAGGCCUAUUCCAUCUGGAGCUCGGCUGUGGUUCAGCACGUAAUCCGUUCCUUCUCACAGACCCUUCUGCUCAAUGCUGCUGGUUCUGCUCUCGUUACUGCCACCCACUGGGAUGAGAUAGAAAUUCAAGAGGAGACGGAGGCAGGGAGCAGCGUGACCUCAAAAAUCCAUCUGCCGGGACAGUGUUCUUGGUAUGUCCAGUCCCUCCUCUUCAGCCUGUGCCAAGCAGUGAAUCGCGUAGGAGGCCACACCAUCCCCAAAGUCACCCUGCAAGAGUUACUGAGAAGCUCCCUGGAGGAAGUGAUCGGCACCUACGAGAAGCUUUGCCGGGAGAGCACUGGAAAGAAGCACGGCUCCGCACUCACACAGGCCCGGGCCCUGCAACUCCUCUUUGACCUGCGCUACAUCUGCCUCAUUCUCGGCUUGCGCUCUGAAGACGGUUUGACCAGUAAGAACAAGCCGGACCCGAGAGUUCAGAAAGUCGCAGACCAGUUGGAGAGCUGCAUCGACCCGUUCGAUCUGGAUGUGUUCACACCGCACCUUAACACCAACCUCAACCGGCUGGCACAGAGAACCUCUGUUCUGUUUGGGCUUCUAACGGGAGCAGAGAGCCUGUUUACCGGCAGAGUCUCCACACUGGGCAUCCAGGAAGCCCACAACGUCCUUCCACUGGCCUCCAGCCAGAUACGGUUCGGGCUCCUCCCCCUCAGCAUGUCCAGCUCCCGAAAGACGAAGUCGGCGGGCCGCUCAGCCAAUGAGGUGAAAAUGCAGGAACCCGUUGCCGUUCCCCAGCCGGCAGAGGACAGCUUCCGUCCGGGCUCUUUAUUCCGACAACUGGCUACACAAGAUGAAGACAUGCAGGCGCCCUCCCUCUUCAAACUGGGCUGGCUGUCCAGCAUGACCAAGUGACCCCCCCCACCACCCCCCAAUCCCCUGUAAUGUCCCCAAUGAUGAACUGACAAUAAUUAAUUUUAUAUUUUAAGCAAAUUAAAUAACUUUAUUGUGCAAUAA